GAGGUUCAGAGGUUGGGUACGAAAGGAGGUUAGAAUUCGGAAACGUUUCUCUCACGAGGCCGAUUCCAUUGUGCUGGCGGCGUCGAUAUGGGGUACAAAAAGAGGUUAGGAUUCGGGACGUUUCUCACCGUGCUGAUCGUCCUGGCGGCGAUCUAUUACCGCAACAUCGACGACGUCCUGCAGAAACGACUGCUGGCUCUGUUGCACGGCCUCGAGAGGCUCGAGAGCAAGUACGUCAUCACCAGGAGGCCGAAAGUCGCCAUAGGUUAUGGCGUGUGCACCGACGUCUUCAUCGACGCGAGACACUUGCUGAGAUACUCGGAUGAGAUCGGCCGACCUGAACACUUCGACGAGAUCAACACCGAACUCGAACUGCUCAAGAGCUUCGCCUAUUAUUUUCGCCAUGGAGCCGCGGCCGAACGCUACAUGGCAAACAGAACUUUAUUCGACGAAUUGGUGUCGAAAGCACGCUCGUUUCCCUCGUCUUACUCGACAAUCGGAGGAAAUGCAGCAGUUAUGGCGAUGCGAUUCGCGCAGGAGGGAUGCGACGUGACUCUCGCGGCUAAAAUGACCAGAUCCUUACACCAGAUGUUUCCGCAGGUGAUAAAUAUAGUAGGCGGCGAGGUGAAACGCGAUGAUAUUCACCUCAUCAUGGAAUACAAGCACGGUGAAGUGUGGGGCCCUUAUUCCAGCGCGAGAGCAAACAGGUACAUCGUUCACAACGACGUGAAUAAUCCAAUGAUUAGCUCAUUCAAUGCCUUCGACAAAGUCCUGGGGACUUAUGAUCCCGAUUUGUUAGUAGUCGGCGGUCUCCAGAUGAUGGACAAUUAUCCAUUUCAAGAAGAUAAACGCAAGAAUCUGCUGAUGAACGUAAAGAAACAGAUGGUGGGACGUUCGAGCUCUACCAGAAUUCAUUUCGAGAUGGCCUCGUUUGCCGAGGAUAAAUUGCUCUUCGAGCUGUGCGACCUGGUGGUUCCCUUUGCCGAUAGUUUGGGAAUGAAUGAACAGGAGAUAGCGAAUCUGUACAAUACCAUGUAUUAUGGUAAUAUCUCAUUAGUGGCCAACUCGACUCCGCGUGUCGCAACGGUGUUAGAUCAAAUGAGAACGUUGUUCAAACUCGUACGUCUGAGAGGCAAGUCGAUCGCAAAUUCUAGAGAGCUCACGAGAAUUCACGUGCACACGCUGGCGUACCAGGCCAUAUUCACCGUCAAGGAUUCCGUUUGGAAGAAUACUAUGGCCGCUGUGGCUAAAGCAUCGCUGACUGCACAUAGACACGUAUGUGCAUCGAGUAAUGUCGAUGUGAAGAAAGCGACGCUGAUCAUGGACGACAGUUUUUCGACGUCUAUCGUUGACGGUACUCGAAUAGCAUUGAACAUCGACAAGCCGGUAUCUUGUUGGGACGAGAUACUGAAGGUGGAGCAGGAAGAUAUUUCUAUUCAUGUGUGCGUCGCUCCCGUGUUGGUUUGCACGCAAGCUAGUCAGACUGCAGGCGGCGGGGACAACAUUUCCAGCGCAGGCCUAGUACUUCAAAUCUAAAUGGAUUCAUCGAUACGACGGGAUCGUUUUACUACACCGCCGUGUUCGCAUUACGAAUUAAUAGCUCUCAUUCAUCUGCAUACACGUAGACGACGAACAGAAAACCUAAAGUAGGCCUUUAAUCACGUUUGUAGCACGUGAGAAUCUACAUUGGUUUUUACAUUCCAUUUGAAUUCAAGAAAGAUAGAGACUGGGCACAUAGGACUAAUUACGAAUUGCUAAACUAUAUAAAGCACGAUUUAAUCCUUUUAUGCACUCGGGUGCGUUUUAUCGAAUUGUGACGCUUUGCCUAAUAUACGAUUAUCGAUAAUGAUUUGGUACUAUUGUCAAUGUUCGCGAACAUUGCAUUGUUAUUCUCGCAUUUAUAGACUAAUUUUAAUCGAAAGUUCAUUCCGAUAUUAUAUUACGUAAGCUAAUCGAUGCUGUGGUAGAAUUAAGCGUUUUUACAAGAACACUAUUAACGAAAUCGAAAAUCGUGAGAUUUCCUGAGUACUGAAAACUUGAGUAGAAAUGAAUAUUCAACAAUUAAAUAGUGCCAUGUGAUCAAUAUUUCAAUAGCGAUAGUUUCAACACAAUUUCGCAGCAAUAGAUUCGUAAUCAUCAUAUAUAUUAACUUUGAAAAGCAGAGGCAAUGUGAUAUUAUCUUUAGGAAUCGAUCAUAAGACUAAACUUAAAAGAAACAGAGACAGAGUGGUCCUUUAAAAAAAGAAAAAGAAUUAUUUAAUCUCGGGAAAUGUCGCAAUGUUAAAUGUUUUCAAUAUUACGAUUUUACAUUCCACUGUUCAAGUCUGUUAUCCUUAUAUAAAAAGUCGACGUGAACAUUUCUUUUACAUUUGAGUGUAUUGUACAUAUACAGCGUAAGCUUGAAAGUUACGGACAUUUGCAAUAUCAAAGAUAUACAUUAUACAAUAUCAAUGUUGAUACACAAUA